UUGGUUCCAUGAUGACAUCCAAGAUAAUAUUCUUUGCAGCAGUCUCGGCAGCAACGCUGGCUGUUAUCCUUCUGGCCGUGGUCUCACCUCUCCCCAAAAAAUCACAGAGCACUCGGUCAAGACCUUGGCUGGCUCUCUCCCUCUACAUGCAGCCUCCCCACCUUCCAAAUCCCCGCCGAGAAGCAACCUUGCAUGCUAACAGCGCAUUCAUCUUCCAACACAAGCUCACGGAGGGACCAAAGAACACCUCCCGAGUCAUCGGAAAAGCACGAGGCUUCAUUGUUCCGAUCGAGCACUCGGCGCUUUCCGCGUUCAACAUCAUAUAUCUCACCCUUGAUACGCCGGAGUACUCCGGUAGCCUCAGUGUGGAGGCCAAGCAGGUGGGACAUGGGACCAGAGAGGAGCUUACCGUGGUCGGCGGGACAGGGUCUUUUGCCUUCGCUAGGGGACUCGCAGUUUUAUCUCAGGCAGAGGGACCAUCCCUGGCUGACGCCGCUUAUCACCUCACCUUAAGGCUGAGAUUCCCCGGCGCGAUACCAGGAUGACCGCACCGCUCCUCUCUUCCCAAUGACAAGCGUCUCGGUAGAUCUAAUUUUUCUCUUUUUUGGCGACCGAUCUAAUUUCCGGUUGACUAUCAUUUUUGUAGGCUUAUUGGUUCCUUCCUGCAAUAGAAAUUGGUUUAGGAAGCUUAAAGGCCAAUACCAAAUCACUAGGGCUGAAGAGCUAUAUAUAUAUAUAUAUAAAAGUGUUCUAGAUGUUAAAAAUAUAUGCAUCCUGUAGCAAACUUGUACGCACUUUA